AUGGAUGUUUUUAUUUCAGAAGAGUAUGUUGAGAGGCGAAGGGUUGAGAGAAAGGCAGCUGCUGCUGGUGGAAAUGGGAAAAGUUCAGGCAUGGCGUCUGAAUCUUCUGCGAAAAGGUCUGCUGAGGAGAAAAGAAGAAAAGCUCGGCCAAAUCAUAACCAUGAUGUUAUGGUCUCUAGUGGACUGAGCGAUGGCAUUGUUUUUAGCUGCUUCUCAGCCUAA